GGCGGAGUCAAAAGGCCCCCCUUGCGGGCUGCUUCCGUUCGCCGUUCCGCAGAGUCCGCGGGAUCCGAGUCUGCGCCAUGCCUCGCAGAGGCGUGUCCUCCGGCUCGCACGCUCGUAUUUAGUACAACAUAGAGGCCCCGCUUUACUCGUCCACGGUCUCUCGCGGCGGAACGGCGGGUGCGCGCGCGAAAAUUCACACCUCGGAGGAACGGGAGGACCGCGCGAAGGAGAGGAAGGAGCGCCGAGGAGGAAGCGCGAGAGGGUGCAGUUCCCGCGGCGGACCCGCAACCGCCGCCGUCGCCGCCGCCGACCUGGCGACGCUCAGGGCAGAGCGCGGUUCCCCGUGGAAGAUGUAACGAUUUCCGCGAGGCCUUCUCGCGCGGAAGGGAAACAAAAAAACAGAGAGGAUAACGGCGCCGACGACGGGGAGGAGAAGCGUAGUAGCGCGGCCCGCAGCGGUUCUCCGAUCCCGAGGGGGAAGCGACGCCUCGCCAUCGGCAGGGGAAGUUCAUGGCUUGAGGCGUCAUCGGCGCGCGGACGGGACUCGCCCGUAUAUUCUUCGCCGGACCGGGGCAGUGAGGUUCGCCGACAGUCAGGGGUAGCACGUACUCUAGCGACGGCGGCGCUAGUAGUGAUCAGGAUGAUCGGUGCUAUGCCAGCGGUGGCCGUCCGCCAUGAGCGCCGGAGGCAAGAAAAGAGGCUAAAGCGGCCGAGUCAGCUCUAUUUGGGAGGGCAGUGGCUGCCACCUCUUGCGGGCUCGCCACCCACCCCUAGUCCGCACGGGCACAACAAUCUGGAUCCCUUGCCCGAGCUCUACUUAUGCGGCAAGAUAUCCGGGCUGCACGCCGUGGUGGUGUGCCUGUUGUUGGGCGCGGUGGUGCUCGUGGUCGGUCUCGUCCAACUCGUCCCGGGUGCAACGACCACCAACCACAGGUUGGCGUUACUCGUGGCAGGCGCUGCCCUACUUAUACUGGGCUUCAUCCUGGCGGGCGUGAGAUGUUACGUGUUACACUGCGUGCCGCUGCCGGUCGAGUCGCCGGUCGCGACGCCGAUUCCGCCGCCGACGAGCGAGCAGGCGCCCGCCGUGCCUAAGGGCACCCUGGACCUCCUGGUAGGCCAUCAGAGCCAGCCGGAGACCGACGCUCUGAUGCAGCAUCGGGAGCACCAUCACCAUCAUCAGCACCACAACUACCAUCAUCACAACAACCACAAGAAGAAACGUAGUUCUCAGGGCUCGCAUUCCGAAGAGGCCUAA